GCUGCCGAGUAAGGCAUAUUUUUUUCUUUUCGCUACCGAACCACUUUGCUUUUACCAUUUCUGUUAAAACCUCCUCUUUCAAAGUGACAGGUUCUGCAGAGGAUGUGCAGUACAUUACAGAUCUUAUGUGCUUGCAUUGGUAAGAGAAGAGCCCACUUCUCCGUGCAACUUCCAUGUUGACUUGACAUUCGUUUACUUCACAGAGGACCUUAUGUUCUUCUCCCCAUGUCUUGUAUUGAACAUGAAGUGGAACACUCUGUCCUUUAGUAGCUUUAAGAACGGACACUGCAAAUAGGGCAUCUUCUUUUAAUGACAGGCUGUACACGGACCCUGCCUGAGGAAACAAUAGUAGUUGGUGUUGAUAAUGGCAGUGGACUGGGCUGGAUAUGGAUACGCAGCACUAGUAGCAUCUGGAGGAGUCAUAGGAUACGUCAAAGCAGGCAGGGUUCCGUCCCUGGCAGCAGGGCUGCUCUUUGGUGGUUUGGCUGGUUUUGGUGCUUACCAGACAUCACAAGAUCCCAAAAAUAUUUUCCCUCUCUUAGCUGCAUCUGGGACACUUGCUGCUAUCAUGGGAAAGAGAUUCUAUAACUCACGCAAAAUAAUUCCAGCUGGUCUUAUUGCUGGAGCUAGUGUGCUGAUGCUGGCAAAACUCGGAGCCGGAAUGCUACAGAAACCUCAGCAAUCAUGAUACCCAAACAGAAAUCACUGUCUGCUUUCAUUCAAACAUAAUUUUCUUUGAACAACAUGUCAUUAAAGCUCAUUGUCAUAUUUUGUAUAAAAUGUACAAUAAAAAUGUAGUUGUCAGGAGAAUUUUUGAAUCAAAGAUUUCUAAUACAAACAUACCCAUUUUAUGCAUAUAAAACACUUACAAAACACUAUUUAUUGAUUUGAGUUCAGCCCAACCCAAUCGCUGUUAUCUACAUUGUAUGUUUAUGUGGUA